UUUUAUGUCACGCGGAAAUUAUCUACUUUCGAUUUGUUUUCCAGAAAAAAUGUGAGAUAACAGCGGGGGACGGUGCAUAUUAUUGUUAUAUAUAGAUCUACACAGUAAUUGGUUUAUAUACACAGUGAAAGAAAGAGAAUACAAAAGGCGGAUCUGAGGAUCUCUUGCAAACAAACAAAAUGGAGUCUACUAGUGACGGUAUGUUUGACCCAGGGAUCAGUUUUUCCUCCAUGAAACAGCCACCACUCAUCAGACAGUUGAAAGGCAUUCUUUCAGAGUACCCAGAUGGUGGACAAAUUUUAAAGGAGCUUAUACAGAAUGCAGAGGACGCCGAUGCCACGGAAGUCAACAUUCUCUAUGACGGAAGGCACGUCAAUGAUCAGGGAAGCGGUACCACUGCAACUUACAACAAAUUCUUUAAGGGUCCAGCUCUUUGUGUUUCAAAUAACGCGAUCUUCAGCGAGAAAGACUGGGAGGGAAUAACAAUGAUCUACAGUAGCGUAAAGGAGGACGAUCCAUUGAAGGUUGGGCGGUUUGGUCUGGGUUUCAAGUCCGUAUUUCAUAUAUCAGGUAUUUAUCAGCAGGGCAUUGUUUCACCAGAGCAUAACGUGAACGAAGAGAGUCAAUGUGUUCACUCAUCGUUCGCCUCCAUUUGAAUUUUCUAUCUGAAACAUACCAUUUGAUAUAGUUAAACAAAUUGCUACAUUUAACAAAAAUA